AAUUUAACUUAUUUUCUCCCAUCUUCCCUCAGGUCCCAAAACAGUGUUUUUCUGGGCACCUAUUAUGAAAUGGGGUUUGGUGGUUGCUGGACUGGCUGACAUGGCCAGACCAGCAGAAAAGCUCAGCACAGCACAGUCUGCAGUAUUAAUGGCCACAGGCCUCAUUUGGUCACGGUACUCUCUGGUGAUUAUCCCUAAAAACUGGAGUCUGUUUGCUGUGAACUUCUUUGUUGGCUGUGCUGGUGGCUCCCAGCUUUUCCGAAUAUGGAGGUAUAAUCAGGAGCUAAAAGCACAAAAGCAGGCGCAGUAAAGAGAUCCUUCACCCAACAGGUCAAAGCUAGCAACGCACAAACCCAUCCCCAUGGGACCUAGCUUCACUAAUUUUAAUGUUUUUUCCUCUGAGAAAAUCAAAGAAGAGAUUUAAAUGUCUAGAGAGCAAAUGUUUUCUAAGUGCAAAUAACAAUCAAAUAUCUCCACACAUUUAAAUAAAGGGCAACCUUUUAAAAUGAA